AUGAACAGAUUUAUUAACUCAACAAAUAAAUUAUUAAUUCCAUCAUUAAAAAAUAAUGUUUUAAUAUCAUCUCCAAAUUUAACAGUACAACAACAACAAAAUUAUUAUACAGGUGGCAAUUAUAAUUAUCCACCAGUACCAUAUUGGGGUAUGGGAGGUAAUCCAGCAGCUAUGCACUCAGAUCCAUAUAGAAUGAAAUCUACCACAAUUUUAUCAGUUAGAAGAAAUGGUAAGGUCGUAAUUAUUGGUGAUGGUCAAUGCACUUUGGGUCAUUCAAUUGUAAAACCAAAUGCCAAAAAGAUUAGAAAAUUAGCUGAUGGAAAAAUUAUUGCUGGUUUUGCAGGUUCAGUUGGUGAUGCAUUCACAUUAUUUGAAUUGUUAGAAAAGAAACUCGCUGAACAUCGUGGUCUUUUAUUAAAGAGUUGUGUAGAAUUGGCUCAACAAUGGAGAACCGAUAAAUAUUAUAGAAGAUUAGAGGCAAGUAUUAUUGUUGCCGACAAGGAUAUCACUUUAACUCUUGAUGGUAAUGGUGAUGUUUUGGAACCAAAUGACGGUAUUCUUGCUAUUGGUAGUGGUGGUGAUUUUGCACUUUCUGCUGCUCGUGCCCUUUUAACUGUCCCAGAUAUAGAUCCAGAAGAAAUUGCUAAAAGAUCAAUGAAGAUUGCAGCUGAUAUUUGUAUUUAUACCAAUCAUAAUUUUGUAAUGGAAGUUUUAACAAGCGACUCAAAUGAAAAUAAUAAUAAGAAUGAUUUAUCUUCACCAUUUCCACCAUCUCCAUCUCCAUCAUCCUCAUCCUCAUCCCCAUCAAAUACCAACACUGUAAAUACAAACUCAAAUAUAACAGAUUCAAUAGUUUCAACUACUUUAUCCACCGGUGCAAUCCCAUUAGAUAAUGAUAAUAGUAAUAGUAAUAAUAUAAAUAUUGGUACCAAUAGUGAUUUAGGAAAUAUAACAAAUGACAAUAAUAAUCAAGAUAGUAAUAAUGACAAAUAA